AUGGCGACAGAUACGAAGCUCUAUCCGCUGGCGGUAGUUAUUCCGGUCCUGUCGUUCAUCUCCAUUCUACUAUGCCUCCCACCACUGGCUCUUCAUGUCAAAAAUCGCAACUUUCCUGCAACGGCCCUGAACUGCUGGGCAAUGCUGCUGAGUGUGUUCAAUAUCAUCAACGCUAUUGUGUGGCCCACAGAUGACAUUUCCACAUGGUGGGAUGGGGCUGGUCUCUGUGAUAUUGAGGUCAAGAUUAUGGUUGCAAGUUAUGUGGCUGUACCGGCUGCUCUUACAUGUAUCUUCCGGGGGCUGGCAGCGGUGCUGGACACCAGUCGAGCCGUCCUGGUUCCGAGCAAGACCCAGCGUUGGCGCAAUCGGCUGAUCGAGCUUCUUCUUUGCGUUUUUGUGCCAAUCAUGGCAAUGGUCACUCACUAUGUCUACCAGAAAGAUCGCUAUCUCCUCUAUGCCAUUUCUGGAUGUGUCAACAACUAUGACGAGAGUUGGCCAAGUUUCGUGCUGGCAUGGAUGUGGCCACCCAUCAUUUGCUUGAUCUCUGCAUACUAUUGUUGCCUCGUUCUUAUCCGCCUUCACCGAUACAAAAGUGACUUCGAGGUUAUCCUCCGCGCAUCAAACAGCAACAUGAGUAAAUCCCGUUUCUUACGACUGUUCUUCGUCGCUUUUACCAUGCUCGUAAUCAUCCUUCCCGUCCAAACAUAUGUCGUCUACUAUGACCUAUAUCUCUCCCUUCCCUGGCACCCCUACUCCUGGUCUCAAAUCCACCAUGCAUCAUGGAACCAAAUCAUCAAGGUCCCCACAAACGGCAAAGUCUUUUUCGAUCGCUGGACACCCAUCGCCAUCGGCAUUAUCAUUUUCAUCUUCUGUGGGUUCGGCCGUGACGCCAUUCGAGUCUACCACUUAAUUCUUUGGCGACUGGGAUUCGGAUACUGCUUCCCCAGUGUGUCUUGUCCUUUGGACUCGCAGGCUACGAUCCCAAUUCCCCAAGGUUCGAAUUCGAGAACACUGGUCGACUCAUCUCGGCCCCAGAAGAAAUCGCUCUUCAAGUGGCGCAAAAAUGCAUAUGAUGAUAUCGAGAAGGGUCCUCGGCCGUCUUCCAAUGACAAUAUCCGCAAUUUGCCGUGGUAUCGGUCCUUGUUCAAUGGCCGUUCUGCUCGGGGCCGUGAUCGGGCUGUCCUGCUGAAUGAUGUUUCUGUGCCUGAACAGACCGUUUGUACUAAUGCUUGGGCGGGGACCAGUGCAAGUCGCUCCAGCAGCGAGUUCUCGGGGAUCAAUGCUCCGCCUGUUCUAGUGGAUUCCAUUCAUAUCAAGCAUGUUAUAUCCCAGCAGAGUGAGCUCCAGCUCUAG